AAUCACAUGAGAACUUUUAAAAUGCAAGCCUGAAAUUAAACGCAGAUUGUUAAUGACAAUUACAAGAUAAAGCAAAAAUAAAACGUUCAAAACGUCAAACAAACAUGGAAACUCGGCGUCCUUUGUAAAAAAUGCUCAUUAACCGUUGACCAGAACAGUACUUUUAUGCUAGAAGCUCUAUUAUUUUAUAAGUCUAUCUCGUAUGCCGCGAAUCUAUGAAAAUGUUUAACUGAGUGAAUUCGUUUAGUAAACAUGAAUUCAUCAAACAUGGAUAAAGAGUCGGUGUGUCGGAUGUGUUUACAAUUUAAUGUUAAAAUGUACAGUCUACAGUCUAAUCCAUUACAAACUUAUUUUGAAGAAACAUUAGGAGUUAAUCCUGUCUGUUCUAUGGAUUUGCCGCAGUGUGUGUGUUAUGUAUGUGCAGCAUUAUUGCAAAAAUAUAGUAGGUUCAAAACUAAGUGCUUACUUGGACAAUCUGUGCUCUACCAAAUACUAAACUCUGGUAAAAAGAUUACAAUCACAUCAGUCCAAGAACUAGACCGAAGCAAUUUAAAAACACCAUUCGCCGUGUACACUGAAACAGAUGUUAAAACAAUUCACACAGUUUCCGACGAUCCGAAGCUUCCAAUUAAAGAAGAAAUAGACAUAGCGAUAGAUAGUAAAACAUCAUUAGAAAAUGACCUGCAAGUGAAUGAAAUAUUUCGUAAGGAUGGCGAGUAUGUGAAAGAUGAGGAUUACGGUGAUUUCCCUUCUCAGCUAGAAGAGACAAGCGACGACGAACCGCUUUUAAUGCACAAAAUAAAGAAAGCUAAGAAAGCCAAAAAGAAAACGACCAAAAAGGAUAAGAAUAAAGUUGAUUAUAUUUUGGCUGAAGACUUUCAAGGUGUCGAAGCAACAGACGAUUCUUCGGCGUUACCACCAGAGAUAACAGAAGUUUUACAGUCCAGAAAGAGAGGUCGACCAAGUAAAAAGAGAGUACAGGCAGAACCUGCGGGAAAGAAACGUAGAAGAACGAAAAAUACGGGUGGGGUCACUGAAGACGAUAUUGUCUUGGAGGAAUGUUGUACAAUAACAACAUUGAGUCAAGAAGAACAGCUGGAGGAGAUCAACAAGCGGCAGUACUCCAGCAACUACAUGAACGCUCAGUACAAGUGCCAGCUCUGUUACAAGGGCUUCAUAGACACAGAGGCCUGGAGACAUCACGUCUCCAAGCACUCACCCAGCGCGGGUGCAAUAGAGUGUCCAGUGUGCAAGUUCCGCUUCGAGAACAAACGCCAGUUCCAGAAGCACGCCUCCAACCACGAGAAGAAGUACGCCUGCAACUACUGCGACCACGUCUCCGCCACGACAACCCAAGCGAAGCAGCACCAGCGCUGGCACAGGGGCGUCACGUACAAGUGCCAACACUGCGACGAGGUGUCCACCAAGUGGACGUCGUACCUGAGCCACGUACGCAUGAAGCACCCCUCGGAGUUUAUAUGCGGCGCGUGCGGCUCCUCCUUCGUGAGCCGCCUGGGGCUGGCCAUGCAUAAGACCAUGAUGCACAAGGACCUGGAUGAGAAGUCCGAAGCGGGCCCGUACUGCGCGGAGUGCGACGUCCAGUUCGCGUCGCUGGAGGCCUACAAGAGGCACAUGGUCACGUCCGUCAAGCACGCCGAGCUCACGCUCACCAACAACGGCUGCCGGGUGUGCGGCGAGACGUUCGGCAGCGGGCACGAGCUGCGUGCGCACGCGCGGCGCCACCACGCCAAGAAGCGCCCCAAGAACUACGGGAAGAAGCCCACCAACCUCACUUGGCCCCUCAAGUGCGAUCAGUGCUCACAAGAGGUGCAUAGCGCGCGCGAGUACUGGAACCACUUCCGGCGGACCCAUCCCGACAAGCCCUACCCCAUUCAGAAGGACCACAUCUGCGACGUGUGCGGAAAGAGCUUUAGGGGCAACGCGUUCCUGACGUACCACAAGCGCACCCACUCGGAGGAGCGGCAGUUCAAGUGCGAGACGUGCGGGAAGGCGUUCCACAACCCCGGCAACCUGUACAUGCACGAGAAGAUACACUCCGACCUCAGGCCCUACUCCUGCUCCGUCUGCUUCAAGGCCUUCAAGGGGAAGGGCGGACUCAGCAGACAUUUUAGGUGUCACACCGGGGAGAGGCCUUACGAUUGCGAGAUCUGCGGCAAGGCGUUCAGUCAGUCGAACAGCCUCAAGGUGCACGUGCGCACGGUGCACUUAAAGCAGCCCGCGCCGUACGUCAGCCGCACCCGCCUGGAGAGGCGCCUCAAGGCCGGCACGGGCAAGGACAAACCUCACGAACCCUUCGCUUACACGUGAACGUGGCAAUAAAAUGUUCUUGUAAA